CUAAAAAAAGUGGCGGUAAUAUUCUCCAUUUCUUUAUUUUUACAUUGAAUUUGCAGGUAUUUACAAUAAAUACCUCCAUCAUGAGCAGACCUAUUCUUUUGAUAGCAGUAAUUUCACUAAGUUUGAUAGCUGGGACAUAUGGUAUAAGAUGUUUGGAAUGUUUCGGCGUGGCAGAUGAUGCAGCAUGUAAGGCUCAGGGACAGAUAAGAGAAUGCAGGUGGAAUCAGGAUGCAUGUGAAAUUGAACUUCGUUGGCAUGAAGGAUGGGGUGGACAUAUUUUAAUGUACAAACAAUGUAAACAAUCGAAAGCUUGUGACAACAAUCAUAUCCAGAAUCCGAGAGAUGCUUGGGCUCCUACGCAAUGUAACCCAGACGACUUCAACUCAGUCUGCAGAUGUUGUUGCUACACAGAUGAAUGCAAUGUAGCUAAAGAAGACUGUUUUGGAACGCCCGGGUGUCCAUUGCUGCCAACCACUAUUCAUCGUGGAAAAGUUGAUUGCACAAAAGGCCGUGAGCCCGGAAGUGUUUGCACAACAACAUGCCAACCCGGUAGCGUACUAUUAGGAUCUGCAGUGACAUACUGCAGGUAUGACGGAUACUGGAGCAGACCCUUGCCUAGAUGUAUUGUUGAACAAUGCGAGGAACGUGAUCUCGCUAACGGUUGGUAUAUCUGUACCAACUCUUAUUAUGUCGGAAGCCAAUGCACAGCAAACUGUAGGCCCGGAUUUGAAUUGGUAGGAGCAAAAGUUCAUACUUGUCUCGGAAGCACGACCAAAUGGUCAGCAAGAUGGAACUACUGGCCGCCCCGUUGCAGGCCAAUCCAAUGCCCUGACAGAGGAACAGUAGAAUUUGGAACUGUUGACUGUACAGACGGAAAUAACGUUCAAAGUAGAUGCAAAGUUGUCUGUGACGAAAAUCAUCGUUUGGAAGGUAUCGCCGACAGUUAUUGUGAAGACAAAGGAACAUGGAGUCACCCUCUGCCCGUUUGCACCAAAAUUCAAUGCCCAAUUCGAGGACAAAUUAUCAACGGUCGUGUCGAUUGUACAGAUGGAGUUGAAGUUGGCAGCGUGUGCACCGCUGAUUGUGACGAAUCUUACCGACCCGAUGGAGUUAAAGUAAGCGAAUGUCUCCCAAGUGGACAAUGGAGUACGAAUUUACCACGAUGUGAAAUGAUCACCUGUCCUGCCCGCGGAGAAGUAAUGUUCGGAACCGUGGACUGCUCCGAUGGCGUGUUUGCUGGAAGCACUUGCAAUGUCGAAUGUAUGUCGGGAACACGUCUUGUAGGUAUUGAAAUCAGUUCCUGCAUGGAAGUUGGACUUUGGGAUUAUGAGCUCCCUCGUUGUGAAAGAGUUGAAUGUCCACCGCGUGGAACUAUCGAUGGAGGAGUUGUGUCUUGCAGCAACAAAGGAUUUGUCGGCAGCAUUUGCUUAUCGCGUUGUAAUAUGGGUUCGGCAAUGAGUGGAACCGUUAAUAGCGUUUGUCUACCGUCGGGAGAAUGGAGCGUUCCUUUGCCAUCUUGUUCAAGAAUCGUCUGUCCCGCUCUUGACUUCUCUCUGCAACCUGGCACAAUGACAUGCACCAACGAAUUCUUUUAUCGAAGUACAUGUUCAUUCCGAUGUGAUGAAGGGUACUUUGUAUUUGGCGCACUCCAAGUAGGCUGCCGAUUAAAUGGAAUGUGGACUACAAGAGUUCCAGAAUGUAGAGAAAUUCGUUGUGGUAACAGAGGACGAGUUGCCAAUGGUGUUGUCACUUGUAGUGAUGGAAACGAAGUAGGAAGCAGUUGCGAUGUCACGUGUAACCCUGGCUACAGCCUGAGAGGCAGAGUAACAACGAAUUGCCAGGGAAAUGGCCGAUGGGAUUUCAGACAAGCAGUGUGCGAAACUCAAAACUGUCCACCUCGUGGAAGGCUUUUUGGCGGUACCGUGACUUGUUUUGAUGGAAAUGCAUUCGGAAGCGUUUGCACUGCUCGAUGUAAUGCCGGUAGUGAACUUGUGGGAGCCUCCGUAAGUACUUGUGAAGCUGGUGGCGUCUGGAGUAUCGGUCUUCCAACUUGCGUUAGCCGACCCUGCUCUAAUCAAGGGGAUCUUGAAUUUGGGGAAAUUUCUUGUUCAAAUGGCUGGAACGUUCAAUCUCAAUGUACGUUCACUUGCACCGAGCCGAAUUAUCAACUGUUCCCGGAAGGACGACAAAAAAAUCUUUGCCUUCCGACCCAAUCCUGGAACGUACCCAAACCUUGCUGUGCGAGACCUUGUCCACCAUGGGCAGUCAUGGACAUCGUUUUAGUCCUCGACUCUUCUUCUUCUAUCGAACCUGAAAACUGGGUAGAACUUACUCGUUUUGUUCGAGGAAUAAUUAGAUCCUUCCGUGUGGAGCCAGAUGCUGCAAAUUUUGCAAUCUUCAGAUUCAAUAAAGUGGUUGAUGAGGUGAAUCAAAUCUUGUUGAACAGUUACCCGGGAGAUGUCGAGGGCUUGAUCGAAGCUUUCAACCGAAUACCGUACGAUGGAAGUGGUACCUGGACCGGAAACGCUCUCAACCAUGCACUGACAGUCAGUUUGAGUCCAGAGAAUGGAAACAGGCCGGACGUACCUGAUUUUGUUUUCGUAAUUACUGAUGGAAAAGCCGGAGAUGAUGUUGAAGCACCAGCAGAAGCCCUGCGAAGAUCGGGAGCUAAGAUUCUUGUUUUGGGUAUUGAACCACCUUCCGGCAGAGGUCUUACACAAGAAAUUCUGGACCAAUUAUUGGUGAUUGCCGGACAACCACAGAACCUUAUCAUUGCUGAUGAUGGUUUUGCUGGACUGACAGAUGACUUUAGUCUUCUUCUGAGCCGAAACAUUUGCGGAGAUCCUUGCGAAUAGUCUGUACGUGCUCUGGUCACAACAAACCUGAAAAAUAGUCUUAUUUAGGCCUAAUUCGUCUUUUUUUAAUACAGUGUUUCUUAUCCACGAUAAAAAUAGCUUUAGGUUAUGGGUGACGAUGGUAAUG